AUGUCCGUGACCAACAGGGAUAAACUUCGUGAGGGCAUAGAACGGAUUGAGUUCCAAGUAUCAUGUGCUUUCCUCUCCGUGUACGGGACGAAAAAGCGAGUUACUUCUUCGCAGCCGCCCACGAAGAUUCGACGGAUCGUCAUGUCGGCGCCGAAAAGAGAAGAGGCGCCUGUUAUCUUCAGGGAGCCCAUUCUUUAUCGCGAAUGGGGCCAUCGACUGGCCAGUCUGGGCAGAAACUCUUCGGCCAUUGAUUAUUUCGAGAAGGCGAGCAGAUUAUUGGAGACCGAGGAGCUGAGAACGUUAAUCGGUCAUUGCACAGUGCUGAUAGAAGACGCCAAAUACUCAGCCGCGGAAAAACUGUCGGAGAGAUGUAUGGAAAUAGAUCCCAGUCAUUAUCAAGCGAGGCAGAUGCGGAUGCGAGCGCUUUUCCAGACUGGUGAGUUCAGUCACAGCCUGGUACACGCUUACGAGGGUAUGCGGCGACUACGCAAAACGACCUUUGAACACGGUAUCUACCAGGCCAACGAAACCAUCGAAGAUUGCAUCGGCCGGAACACGUCGCCUAUAGCGUUGCUGCUGCUCUACCCGUGGAUACGGAAGCUGCGCGACUAUCGGCACCGCCUGAUCGGCAAACUCGAGAAGGAGGAGGACGAGUUCGAAGGUAUCGCCGUGGACGAGGACGAGACGAGAUUCAAGGUGAACGAUCCGGAAGUGCAACAGCAGGCUCGAAUGAGGAGACUGCAGCGCGUCAUAGCGAAGAUGUAUAUGGGUUACCUGGCGAUCGAUAAGGAUUUCCUCGAGGAGAUUGUCGGCCAGCCGGAAAUCGCGACUCCCGAACUGGUCGCGCUCGCGAGCGCCUGCCAACGGAACAUCAGCUACCAGCAGGACCGGCUGCGAAUGCGACGACCGCUCUACGUCACGCUCUUCGAGCGCCGGGCGAUACCGCGGGGGCACAGGACGGCGAUGAAGCGACAGCGGAAAUUACGCGCGUACAACAUCAUCGUCGCGGCGGAUUUCCUAUUGCGUCGUUUACACGCCGCGAGAGUCAACAAGGAUUACCUCGCCUUCUUCGGAUCCGUGGAUCGUAUCAAGGACAAGUUCGACUCGUAUUCGAGCAAAAUGUUUCCGCUGAAGGAGAAGUUUCUGAACGCGUUGUACGAAAUGGUGGCGUGGACUUACAUCGAUACGCGCGACUUGACGUGCCUGGACGACGAGGAAAUGAAAGCUACGUAUUUGAAGCAUCACUUAGGGAUACGAGUCGCGACGUUUCCCCGAGACAGCGAUCUCGCAUGGAUACCGAGCAUGAAUCCGAAGGAGAGGCUGAAGAUAUUUCGCAGGAGAUUAGCCAUGGCGUAUGCGCCGCUCGAGCUCGCCUGGCUGCAUCACGACCUGUGCAAGUUGCUCAUCGAUAUGUGUCGCUUCGACCUAGCCAGAUUCCACGGGAAGAAGGCGCGCGAUUCCGCGCAGGAGGCGAACUGCGAGCAGUGGGUGUUGAAUGCCGAUCACCUCAUCCUGCGGAUCGAGAUACAUCAGAAUAACAGGAACGAGGCGAAAGACGCCGCGAUGUCAGCGCUCGCGUGCGUCCAGAAGCUCGAUAUCGAUUACCUGAUAGAUUUCUACGAGAGGGCCAUAAAACUUGCGGACGAGCUAGACGUGGAGCGGAUCGCCGACUUCGACGGCGCCACCGCCAGGCAGCAGCUUAUCCUCGAACUGAUGCCGCCGGCGAUGAAGGAGGAGGUGGAUUUCCUGUGGCGGCGCAUGGACGUCGUGCCCGCCAAGAGACGGCUCUCCGUCAUGCCGGGCUGCAAGCCGAUCGAUCGAAAGCGCAAAAUGACGUCCGAGCGGAGGACGAUAUUACCCAGCCCGCCCAAGGACCCGGAGAGGGACGCCAGGAUCGUCCUGUUGCGGCAGUACGCUCCGCGCGUCCGCCGGCCGGGCUUCGUGGAUUUCGAAGAGUUCGAAUGA